CGUUCGCGCAAAAUACCUAAAUUCGUAAACAUUUAUAACUAUCAUCAUGUAUCUAUCAUGUUAAAUGGUUGCAAUAUCGUUACCCAAGUUCCAUUCGUUAUUUUCGUCUUGCAUCACGCUUCAGCGGAUCCACAGAGGCAAAAGGAUCAAGCGCUCCAACAACUGCUCUCACGAACGUUAAGCUUGCAACUGACGAUGGUGGUGGUGGUGGUGGUGGUGGUCGAAUUACGAGCCAAUUCCUAUCAUUCGUUCAGACUAACUCUAUUGCGACUGACUGCAAUAUACGUAUACGACGUACGCACUUUUCUUCCAAAAAUAAACACGAUUACUAGUGUUACACUUAUCCAACAUUUUCACACACGAUGCAGGAAUACAAAUGGUGGGGGUACCGGCUUUAUUGGAAGGCAGAUAAUUAAUUCGUUAACAGGCAAAGGUGUUUCGCAUACGUGUAUAUCUCGCAUGCCUGGACCUAAUCGAAUAUCAUGGCACGAUUUGGAAUGUUACGGUUUACCUGAAAACACGACCGCCGUAAUUAAUGUUGCUGGUCAAAAUGUACUUGAUCCGAAACAACGAUGGUCCGAAGGAUUUAAACAGAAUGUUAUAAACAGCCGUGUAAAGACAACAAAGUUGUUGGCCGAAGCUAUAAUAAAUACUAAAGCCGAUGCUUUUCUAACAAUUUCUGGAGUAGCUUAUUAUAAACCGAAUAACAUUGAAUACACAGAAGAAAGCGAAUGCGAAAAGUAUGAUUUCCUAUCAGAGCUCUGUCACGAUUGGGAAAGAGCUGCUCAGCUUCCAAAAGAUAGCGCUACCAGACAGGUGAUAAUUAGAUCCGGAGUUGUAUUAGGAAAAGAUGGUGGUAUGAUUAAACAAAUAUAUUUGCCAUUUUUUAUCGGUUUGGGUGGUCCUAUCGGUAAUGGCAAUCAGUACAUGCCUUGGAUACACGUAACCGAUCUGGUAAAUAUGUUUUUCUUUUCUCUUGACAACAAAAAUGUCCAAGGUAUAUUAAACGGUGUUGCUCCGGAGAUUAUAACCAAUAAAGAAUUUACUAAGGUGUUUGCGUCAACGAUGCGAAGACCUGCCGUUAUUCCUAUACCGCGCGUUGCAUUAAAUAUCCUUUUCAAUAAAGAACGUGCAAAAAUUAUGUUGGAAGGACAAAAAGUUGUACCAAAACGCGUCAAAGAGUUAGGCUUUCGCUACCAAUUUCCCGACAUUCAGUCUGCUUGUGCUGAAAUACUUGUUGGUAAAAGUAUUGGACGACAGCAAUGAAGAAACAGUUACAGUUACAGUUACAGUAAAAUAUAUUUAUAUUUUUUUUAUAUAAAAAAAUACUGAUCUAUGUAUAAUUUACUAAUUUGCGCGAGUUACAAUUCCCUUAACUUACCAAUUAACAUAUUAGUGGUACAUAGCGGUACAGUACUCUUGCUGCCGUGUAUUUAUUUUCUAGAUAAUAAUAAAAUAAAAGAUUGAAAU